AAGUGCAUACCAGUGUUUGACAUUGUGUAGACGUUUUUAUUUUCAGAAUGUCGUCAACAACAUCAUUGGCUGGCAAAAAGUUAGUUCUCAACAGCCUCUUAGAGACGGACCAUUACGAGAGCUUAAUCAAGGAUCUAACAUGCACCAAAUGUCACAAAUACAUGAAGCCACCGAUUCACCUCUGUGUGGAUGGCCAUAGCAUAUGCGGCACAUGUUUCGCGAAGAGUUACCAAUGUCAUGUGUGUCAGAAAGAAUUUUCCCCAGUUCGGCCAAUGGUGCUUGAAUCAUUAGCCAACAAAGUAUUAUUUCCUUGCACAAAUAGCGGUUGUCCAAAGCAUGCAACCCUGCCUCAGUUGGAGAAGCACGCCCCUCACUGCCAGCACAGGAUCAUCAGCUGCUUUAUGUCGAGAGUAUAUGGCGAUUGCAAAUGGAAAGGCAAAGCUGGUGAAUGGAUGGACCAUUGCUUCCUCGAGCACAAACAGAAGGUGACCGAUCUGCCCUUCAUCACCGUCAAAGACAGAUGGGACGCGAAGAGAACCGAACCAGUGCUCAACUAUUUCCUACUCAGAUGUUUCGACAAAGUGUUCAACGUUUACCAAAUUUAUGACAAAAGAGGUGGACGGAUGAUGUGGACUGUUCUUGUGAAUGAUGACCAGGCGGACAAAUUUUAUUUCGAAGUUGAUAUAUUCAUGCCAAAUCUUCCAAGCAAAAGAAUUGUCUACAGACGUCCGUGUAAAUGUGAGAAAGAUGCUGAUUUCUUAGAGCACACACAAAACGUUUACAUUCCUGUUGAAAAUGUCUUCUCGAUGCUUGAUGAGAAUGAAAGUAUGAAUUUCACAGUGCGAAUUGGAGAAGUCGAGAACCUCCCACUUCUGGACACACCAACGGAAAGUGAGAGUUUAAUUUUGUUACAAAAUGAUGACCAAAAAGCAAAUGGUGAAUAGAUUAAAGAUGAACCUUAAAUAUUCAUUAUUAAAAUCUAUCAAGAUACAAACUCUUUAUUUGGAAGCCAACAAUUUUUAUUUAUUUUUUAUACCAAUACUAGUAAAAAAUAAAAUAGUUCAGUAUUUGUAAUGACAUUAUUACAACUUUGACAAUAUUACUCAUAAUAUGGUAUGUACAUUUUGAAAUUAAUUAGGCUACGAAUAAAACUUAAUAAUUCU